AUGGGACCAUUCCCUUCCUCUUACUCCAAUAAUUAUAUCUUGCUGGCUGUUGAUUAUAUUUCUAAAUGGGUGGAAGCCGUACCUUUGCCUACUAAUGAUGCCAAAGAGGUGCUUAGUUUCCUCAAACAGUACAUAUUCAGUAGGUUUGGUGUUCCAAGAACCUUAAUUAGUGAUGGAGGUAUCCACUUUUGCAACAAGCAAUUGGACACACUUCUCCAAAGAUAUGGCAUCAAGCAUAAGGUGGCUACCCCCUACCAUCUUCAAACUAGUGGCCAAGUGGAGAUCUCAAAUAGAGAACUUAAGAGAAUCCUUGAGAAGACAAUGGGAGCUUCAAGAAAAGACUGGUAUGAUGCUCAUAGGGCUUACAGAACAGCCUUCAAGACCCCCGUUGGAAUAUCAUCUUAUCAGUUUAUCUAUGGCAAAGCUUGUCACUUACUAGUGGAGCUAGAGCAUAGAGCAUAUUGGGAAACAAAGUUUCUUAACUUUGAUGCCAAGGCUGCAGGAGAGAAGAGGUUACUUCAACUAAAUGAGCUUGAUGAGUUUAGAGUGGAGGCUUAUGAGAAUGCCAAGUUUUACAAGAAAAAGACUAAAAUGUGGCAUGACACAUGGAUCUCCACAAGAACAUUUGAGCCCGGACAAAUGGUGCUUCUCUUCAAUUCAAGGCUCAAGUUCUUCCUAGAAAAGUUAAAGUCUAGAUGGUCUGAGCCUUUCAUUAUCACCAAGGUGUCACCAUAUGGUCAUGUAGAGGUCAUAGAAAAGAAUUCUAGAAGGAAGUUCACUAUCAAUGGCCAGAGAUUGAAGCACUAUCUUGGAGGUAACAUAGAUUGUCAGAGAACCACCCAAAUCCUCACUUGA